UGAGAGAGAGAGAGAGAGUGAGAGAAACAACCAUACCGGCAGCUUCGAGCUGAUUACACUCCAACGGCCAGCACACACACUUUUGUGAGCUAAUGGAUGCUUUCCAGCUUCUCUUUCUUGUUGCAGUGGUGACAUCCAUAUCAGAAUGGAAAUCAGUUUCAGAUUCUGGCAAAUCACAAUGUGAGAUCAUGAAUGAGGAGAGCAUUACAGUGCUUGAAGGGGAGUCUCUUUUUUAUGUACCUUUUAUUUUAGAACCAAACUUCAACAAUAAAAAUUUUACAUGGUACAAAUAUAGCACCCAAAUUCAGAAUAUUUCCUCUGAUAAGAAAGCCAGGGUGCAUUACCAAGGCGAAGCACUGUUUCUCUUAAACCUCAACAUUUCUGAUUCUGGAGAUUACGCUGCUUGGGAAAUCAAGUCUUCAGGACAAUGUUUUAACCACCCUGUGAAAAUUGAAGUGUUCAAUGCAAGUUACAGAGGAAGCAAGAUGUUAAACUACGGAGAAAUCAAAAACUCUGACCAGAGCAAAAAGGUCCCAUGUCCAGAACGAGUCAAAAGCACAUGUAGUGCAUUCAAAGGAAACAUCACCUGGUACAAGGACUAUACUCUUAUUGAAGAUCAGCAUGAAGUCGAAUUGAGAGUGCAUAAUGCUACCAAAGACCACGAGGGCCUCUACACCUGUAUUUGUACCUGGGCAUACAAUAAUAAGGUGUACAGUACGUCAGGUUCGAGGGAACUUCUACUUCUAGAAAAAGCUGUGCACUACCUAGAAAUUUUGACCCCAGCUGAUGAGUCGCAGGAGCAGUUUGCUGAUGAAGGCUCGGAGAUUAAGCUGAAUUGCUCAGUUUUGUGUGGGACUAAUGUGAAACAUGACUGUAAUGCCAGCUGGUACAUCAAUGGAAUUCCUUUCAAAAACAGGGAUGGUUAUAGUCAAACUACCAAAAUAGCAACUGAGGAACCUUCAAAGAAUACCAUUGCCACUGCAAUCCUCACCAUUAAAAAAGUGUCUGCUAAGGAUUUUCAACAGAAGUUUAAGUGUUUUGGCGAGGGCUAUUACGUAACAAAGAAUGCCACUUUAACUCUUAAGCGGAAAGAAUCCAUAAUUCCACUUGCCAUUGGAGGAGUAUGCAUGUUAUUCGUUGGUGUUUUUGUCGCUGUUUUGGUCAAAUACUUUGCCAUUGACUUAGCCCUGUUCUUCAGACCCUACUUCCCACUAAGCAGUAGCAAUAAAGACACAAGUUUAUAUGACGCCUAUGUGGUCUACCAGACACCAAUGGACAAGAUCACUGAGGACACACUCUCUCAGUUUAUCACACAGACUUUGCCCUCUGUCCUCGAAGAUAAGUGCGGAUAUCGGCUCUUUAUCCACGGGAGGGAUGACAUACCAGGGGAAGAUCGUCUGGAGUUGGUGGAGAAAUGCAUGAAUCAGAGCAGGAGGCUCAUGGUCAUUCUCACACCAGAUCUGGGAUCAGGCUCCAUGACGACAGAGCGAUGGCCUGCCUCACCCCAAACCUCAGUGAUGGGAGGGUUUGACUGGCAGGUGGGGCUCCACCAUGCAUUGGUCCAGAGGGAACUGAGUGUGAUUUUGAUCCAGCUAGGAGACACGGGGCAACAGCAAUACACACACCUCCCCCCGGGCUUGCAGCACCUGAUUCGUAAGAGUGCCCCUUUGAAGUGGCCAGAGGGCUCUGGAGGCGCUGCAGCAUGGAACUCUCGCUUCUGGAAGAGAGUGAGAUACCUGAUGCCUGCCACACCUGUCAAAAAAUGUGCACAGUCUACUAUUAUCUAAUACAUCUUUCAACACGUUUUGUUUAAUGUUUUGUACAUAUAUUGGGAAAUGUAAGAAAAGGAUGAUCAGGAUUUAUCUUUUAUAAAUCCCAAGAAGCCAUUUGUCAUGGUCCGGAGUCUGUGAAUCCGUGUUUAUGUUUUGGUUUAUUAUUAUUCUGUGGUUUUGUUUAUUCUGGGUUUCUUGUACUCUCCCUUUUCACGUUUCAUGUUCCUAUGUUCUGUGUCCCUCAGUCUGUGUUAAGUUUGUGUGUUGUGUCAUUACGUGUAUGUGUUUCC